AGAGACCGAACUCGAGCCAACAACUCCAAGCUUGAACCCUAAUUCCUGGCCGUUGGUCACGCAAUGACAAACCACGACUCGCUCCUUGGUCUCUCCGCAGGAAUGCAGCGGCGGACCUGCUUCGGAGCCUCGGUGCCAUCGAAACCUGUCCGCAUUUAACCAUCGAGGUGGCCGCAGAGUCGAUCCGAAGGCAAAACUCAUUCUUGCUGAUUGAUAUCGUCCUCCGCCAGAUUUCUUAAACUGUUAAAGAAUAAUGGAGGCAGUAGCUGCUACGGGCUUGCAACCUAUGGCAGUAAAGACUUGCGUCUCUUCUCCCAGCAGAAUGUUCACAUCCAGGGCCAUAAUUUCAGGUUCCAAUCUGAAUGUAACCAAAACAAGAUCAGAUAAGUCACCAAGUGCCUUAUCUCUCCAAUCUCUUUGCGUGAGAUAUUCCCCCUCUUCAAAACAUCAGAGGUUUACUAUCAGGGCAAUGUCAGAGGAAAGUGAGAAAAUGGCAACAUAUGGGUUGCCUAUUGAUCUAAGAGGUAAGAGGGCAUUUAUUGCUGGGGUUGCUGAUGACAAUGGCUAUGGUUGGGCAAUUGCAAAGGCUCUUUCUGCUGCUGGAGCAGAAAUAAUUGUCGGUACAUGGGUGCCUGCACUAAACAUAUUUGAGACAAGCUUAAGGCGUGGCAAAUUUGAUGAGUCGCGAAGAUUGCCAAAUGGUUCUUUAAUGGAGAUUGUCAAAGUAUACCCUCUUGACGCUGUUUAUGACACACCCGAGGAUGUUCCAGAAGAUGUAAAGACAAAUAAACGCUAUGCAGGAUCCUCAAAAUGGACUGUCAAGGAAGUGGCUGAGUCUGUGAGGAAUGACUUUGGAAACAUUGAUAUACUUGUACAUUCUCUUGCCAAUGGACCAGAGGUAACAAAGCCACUUUUGGAGACAUCUAGAAAAGGAUACCUUGCUGCAAUUUCAGCAUCAAGUUACUCAUUUGUCUCCCUUCUCCAGCACUUUCUUCCAAUUAUAAAUCCAGGCGGGGCUUCAAUAUCUUUGACGUACAUUGCUUCUGAAAGGACCAUCCCAGGAUAUGGAGGUGGAAUGAGCUCAGCAAAAGCAGCACUGGAGAGUGAUACAAAAGUGCUGGCUUUUGAAGCUGGAAGAAAAGGCCAAGUUAGAGUUAAUACAAUAUCUGCAGGUCCUCUGGGAAGCCGAGCUGCAAAAGCUAUUGGAUUCAUCGAAAAGAUGAUUGAUUAUUCAUACUCCAAUGCCCCAUUGCAGAAAGAAUUGCUUGCAGAUGAAGUUGGCUACACAGCUGCAUUCCUGGUGUCUCCGCUCGCAUCAGCAGUGACGGGAUCUGUCGUCUACGUGGACAAUGGCUUGAAUACCAUGGGACUGGCAACCGACAGCCCGGCGCUUGCUGUAUGAACUCUUGAAUAUCGAGAUACUCAUUCUUGCACACUUCCACGGCUUUGUUUACAGCGAAUAAAGAGUGGAUCGCGAUGCUGAGUAUAGCACUCAAACUUUGAUCAUGAUUGUUUUAGCAAAAUAUUUGAUGACUGGCUAUUUUCUAGUGGAACUGGGGUGUUAUGGAACUGCUCCAAUUGUUCAAUUGAAGUAUGCCACUUUUUGAAUUGAA